AUGGAAGAUGGCAAAGAAUUAGUCAUCAUGAAUGACCGAUUGCUGAAAGAACUCAAGUCGCUUCCAGACGACAUUCUUAGCGCCGAAGUUGGAAUAAAUCAAGACAUGUUGUACAAGUACUCACAUGUCAAAGUGGUUGAUCCCGUCGGUCAAAAUGCUAUCCGCUCUGACCUCACGCCCGGCCUGCCGCGCCUGAUGCCCACUAUCGCGUCUGAAGCAAGAGCUGCCAUCAACGCACACUUUCCACACGAUGCAGAGAGUUGGGUGCCAGUAGUUGUCUUUCCUGUGGUUCUGGACUCCGUCGCCCAGGUUUCAGCCCGUUUAUUCGUGGGCGCCGAGCUCUGUCGAGAUCCGCGGUGGUUAAAGUGUUCUCAAACAGCCGCAAUAGCAGCCUUCGCCACAAUAUCCGCCAUGAAACGAUUUCCAGCGUGGCUCCGUCCGAUGGCCCAGUAUUUCGUGCCCGAAAAAGUGCAGUUGGAGAAGGCUCGCGCGGAAGCAAUCCGAAUUCUUAGGGAAGAUUCUGCGCACAAAGUGACCAAGAGCUCCGGAGAAGGGAAAGAAGAUUAUCUUGUCACGUGGAUCGAAAAGAAGAAUGCAGCGUGGGCAAAGGACUUCGUCGCGCAGGCAAAUCUGCAACUCGAGCUGUCCGUCGCCGCCAUUCACACUACCACCAUGGCUCUUACUCAUGUAUUGUACGAUUUAGCCACCCACCCUGAGUACAUCGAAAUCUUGAGGGAUGAGGUCAAGGCAGCGUUGUCGAAAACCGGUGGGGUCUAUAACAAAGAUUGCAUUGCGAGCAUGGCCAAGACCGAUAGCUUCAUGAAGGAGUCGCAACGACUUCACCCGCCUGCACUCACCACUUUCAAGCGCCGUGUCAUGAGGGACUUCACCUUGUCGGAUGGUACACAUUUACCGAAGGGCACUUCUAUUGAAGUGGACGCUUCGGCCCGCUACCAUGACCUAGACUCCUUCGAAGACCCUGAUCAAUUUGACGGUAUGCGAUUCCUGCGCAUCAGUGAGCAGACGCAGCAGAAGAGUGCUCACCAAUACGUCGCAUCUAAUCAAGACUAUGUCUUCUGGGGGCAAGGAAAACACGCCUGUCCAGGACGUUUCUUCGCUGCGAACGAAAUCAAGACCCUGCUUGCAAUGUUUAUUUUGGACUAUAACGUAAAACUUCCGCCAGGCGUGGAAAGACCCGCAGAUAUUCACAUCGGAACUUUUGUAAGCGAUUCCAAGGUCCUUUAG